UUUUCGGUAACCGAGGAAAGGGUUGGUUAUUGUCUGUUUUGGCGGUGUAGUGGGUUUAUUUCCGGAGGAGCAUGGGUGAAUUACAGUCGGCACUUCUUCUCAGAAAACAACUUGCAGAACUGAAACGAGUUCCUGUUGAUGGAUUUUCAGCAGGUCUUCAAGGUGAUGACAUUUACAAAUGGGAAGUACUUGUUAUUGGGCCGCCUGAUACUCUUUACGAAGGAGGAUUUUUCAAGGCGCUUCUGGAAUUUCCCAAAGAAUACCCGCUGUUGCCGCCAAAGAUGAAGUUCAUUUCGGAAAUCUGGCAUCCGAACAUUGACAAGGAGGGUAAUGUAUGUAUAUCGAUACUGCAUGAACCGGGCGAUGACCGAUGGGGUUACGAGAAGCCAGAAGAGAGGUGGUUACCUGUGCAUACCGUAGAAACAAUUCUUCUUUCUGUUAUAUCGAUGCUUGCAGAUCCAAAUCACGACUCGCCUGCAAAUGUUGAUGCCGCGAAGAUGCAACGUGAAAAUUUUCCUGAGUUCAAGAAACGUGUAGCAGCCUGUGUUCGAAAGAGUCAAGAAGAGGGUUGUUGAUUAUGGGUAGUGGAUUACUGUCCACUCUUUUUACCCUCUCUGACGAUAAUUGUUAGAGCUGUGAGUUAUAAUUUUCGUUAUAAAAAUUUGUUUUUCUUCUCAUCAUUUCAGUUCACGUUACAUCAUUUUACAGGUCUUAAUAAAGAUGUGCAAGAUGUGAUCCGUUCUUAUUAUCGAUGAUGACAUGUUACGUUUAUUGCUUUGUUUCCUUUUUUUGUGCGGUUUUUCGUUUAUUUUGAAAUAUAAAUGUGCUUG